UCAUACUUUCCUUUGUUCUAUCUUGUUAAAGCUAUCUCUCUUCUCCUCCUCCAUCUCCUUUUCCAGAUCUUCAUCUUCCUCACAAAAACACACUUAUCAAACCUCUCUUCUAUUUAACCCUAACCACUUAAAAAUAACAAAAGCGUUUUCACAUGGAUGAUCACCGCCAAACUCGUGUCUCCGAUGCUCACAUAGACAACUACUUCCUCAACCACUCUACAUCCACCGACAACAACGCCUCCGCGAUGGAAGCUUUGGUCGGAACAAAUCACUGGUCACAACAAUCUCACAUACCUUCUCAGUUCAACGAAGACACUCUCCAGCAACGUCUCCAAACCCUAAUCGAAUCCGCAGGCGAAAAAUGGACGUACGCGAUCUUCUGGCAGAUCUCACACGACUUCGACACUCCCACGGGAGAAAGCACGGUGAUCCUCGGGUGGGGAGACGGUUACUACAGAGGAGAAGAAGACAAAGAAAAGAAGAAAACAAACUCAAAUUCGAAUCCUACGGAGCAGGAGCAUCGGAAAAGAGUGAUCCGGGAGCUUAACUCGUUAAUCUCCGGCGUGGUCUCCGACGAGGCUAACGACGAGGAAGUUACGGAUACGGAGUGGUUCUUUUUGGUCUCGAUGACGCAAAGCUUCGUGAACGGUGUUGGACUCCCCGGGGAGUCUUUUUUAAACUCCCGCGUGAUUUGGUUAUCCGGGUCGGGUGCGUUAACCGGGUCGGGUUGUGAGCGUGCGAGGCAAGGGGAGGUUUACGGGUUACGGACGAUAGUGUGUGUGGCGGCUGAAAACGGCGUCGUUGAGAUUGGCUCUUCGGAGGUUAUAAGUCAAAGCUCAGAUCUGGUGGAGAAAGUCAACGGUCUUUUCAACGGGAACUGUGGUGGGGAAGGUUCUUCUUGGGGGUUUGGUCUGAAUCCUGAUCAGGGGGAGAAUGAUCCGGGUUUGUGGAUUACUGAACCGAACUUAACCGGAAUCGAACCGGUUCAGGAGAUGGUACCGGUUGUUGCGGAGCGUGAUUUGAACUUCUCGAGCUCAGGUUUGAAUCAAGGCGGGAACGUUAAAGAAGGGUCGAUGCUAUCUUUCAGCAACGUGGUUCGAUCCGCGGGGAAGUCAGGGGACUCUGAACAUUCUGAUAUCGAAGCUUCGGUGGUUAAGGAGGCGAUUAUUGUUGAACCGGAGAAGAAACCGAGGAAACGCGGGAGGAAACCGGCUAACGGGAGAGAAGAGCCGUUGAACCAUGUGGAAGCUGAGAGGCAGAGAAGAGAGAAGUUGAACCAGAGAUUCUACUCUUUGAGAGCUGUGGUUCCAAAUGUGUCGAAAAUGGACAAGGCUUCUCUUCUUGGAGACGCUAUUUCUUAUAUCAACGAGCUGAAAACGAAGCUGCAGCAAGUGGAGACGGAUAAAGAAGAGGUACAGAGGCAGUUAGAUGGGAUGAGUAAGGAAGUAGGCGGGUCUAAGAGGGCGAAAGAGCGAAAAUCGUCGGGUAGUUGUGUAGAGAUGGAGAUUGAUGUGAAGAUUAUAGGUUGGGAUGUGAUGAUACGAGUACAAUGUAGCAAGAAGAAUCAUCCUGGUGCGAGGUUUAUGGAAGCGCUUAAGGAGUUGGAUUUGGAAGUGAAUCAUGCUAGUUUAUCUGUGGUGAAUGAUUUGAUGAUUCAACAAGCUACUGUGAAGAUGGGAAGUCAGUUUUUCAAUCAUGAUCAGCUCAAGGCUGCUUUGAUGUCUAAAGUUGGAGAAGACGGUUGAAACAAAGUCAUUAUGAUGAGCUCUUUGCAAAUUAGUGAGUAUUCAUUUUGCAUCACCAGCUUUCAUGUUGUUAACUUUGUUGUUCAAUAGGAGAAACAUGUUUAGCUCUUUAGUUUAGUGGUUUCAUAAGUCUUAAUGCGAGAUCGAAGUUGGAGACCAGUGAGAGAGGUUAGUAAUAUAAGAAAUCUUGUGUUGUACUUGUUUGUAUAUAUGUAUGGAAUAAUUAUUGAGAUAGUUUCUAUUGAAGUGUAUUCGGUUCUGUGGAUGAAGGUUUUGUGUACAUUUUUAUGUUAUGAAAACUUUUUGAUUAGAUUAUAGACCAUAACGGUCCAACUUUAUGGGUUGUAACGUAACAAAAAGAAUAGGCAAAAUUGGUCUGGAAGG